AUGUCUGCAUCCCCAACAUCAACCGAUGCCACCAAAGAUGUGUCUAUGGUUGAUGUAUCUAGUGCCAAUGCUGGUGGUGACGGGAAUGGUGCUUUUAAUGAUCAACCACCUCAAAGAAGACGUUCCACCAUAAUUCUUACUGAUGAGAAUGAGAACGAAUCGAUGAAUGUUGAUGAAAAGAAUGAUGAUGGAAUGGUUGUUGAUAAGUCUCCUCAGGAUGAGAACCAAAAUCAAAAUCAAAAUCAAACACAAAAUUCACCUUUACCGGAUGCUAAUACUACGAUCCCCGUUGAUAUAAAAUGGGUACAAGGUGGUGAAAAAGUCUAUGUAACUGGUUCUUUCACUGGUUGGAGAAAAAUGAUUAGUUUAGCUAAACAAACAGAUGAUAGUUUUUCAAUCACUCUAGGAUUGCCCGUCGGAACUCACAGAUUCAGAUUUGUAGUUGAUAAUGAAUUAAGGUUCAGUGAUUUCUUACCAACUGCUACCGAUCAAAUGGGUAAUUUUGUGAAUUACGCCGAGGUUACCCCAGAUCAUGUUCAAGCUCAUAUGAAACAACAAGAGGAAAAAGAGCAACAGGAAAGACGGGAACAAGAAGAACAUGAAAUACAACAACAACAACAAUCUCAACAAUCCCGUCUGCGUGCAUCUUCAAUGAGUCGUCAUCGACUGGAUUCUGCUUGGGGAUUAACUAAUGAUGAUGAUGAUAUGGGUGGUGGUUAUUCCAGAUAUCACGAUGAAGAGGAUAAUAGUGAACUUUCUCAAAGAAAAUUCAAUUACAUAAAUGAUAUACCACCAAUAUUCACCGACCCUAAAGUCAUGGAACAGUAUUAUAUGGCAAUUGAUAAACAAUCAAAACAACAAAGUGGUCAACAACAAGCUUGGUUACAUCCUCCUCAAUUACCUCCUCACUUAGAAAAUGUCAUUUUGAAUAAUUUUAACUCUGCUGAUAAAGAUAAUAAUCUGGGAGCUUUACCAAUUCCAAAUCAUGUCGUUUUAAAUCAUUUGGCUACUACAAGUAUCAAACAUAAUACCUUGGCCGUGGCCCUGGUUGUUAGAUACAAAAGAAAAUACGUUACACAAGUAUUGUAUGCUCCUUUACAACCACAACAAUAA